AUGAAUACAAAAGGGAAGAUUAUGAGGAAGCUGCUUGGCCAGCCAACCACGACCACUCACGAGAGUAUCGAUACGAGCAACGUCGACUCGCCCCAGCUCCGACCGAGCGCAUCGCAGAAUACGAUCUACCCCGCAGGUGCACCCAUCACCUGCCUCGAUCGGUCCGCGGAUGGUCAGCGAGCAGUGAUAGCAGGACCCAAGGUCUUUAAAAUCCUCAAAAUCGAUGGAUCAACUAUCACCCAAGAGCUCGACCUACGAGCCAUUAUCUCCUCCUUCGCAACAACUCACGACCUUUCCGCCGCCACCUCAGAUCAACUCAACAUAAGGGCAGUGACAUGGUCGUAUGGAAAUCUCGAAAAUAUAAUAGUCACAGCUUCUGGAAAUGGAAGAAUUACAGUAUAUGAUCUCAAUCGCCUAGGAGAAGGUCUCGAGGUUGGGCGCAUUCAGGAACAUGCGCGGCAGGUUCACAGACUCGCCAUUAGUCCUUUCAAGAACAAUUGGCUGCUCUCUGCAAGUCAAGAUGGAACCGUGAAGAGUUUUGAUAUCAGGACUCCAAUUCUGGGACGCAACGGCCCAACUUUCCGAAUGCUGCAGUCUUUCAAGUGCAAUGCGGAUGCCGUCCGGGACGUCAAAUGGUCGCCAACAGAUGGGAUGGAGUUUGCCUGCUGUACAGACGCUGGAGUGGUUCAGAAAUGGGAUAUCCGGAAGCACAGCGCCCCAGUCCUAAAGCUCCCUGCUCACCAGAGCUCAUGCUUCUCCAUAUCAUGGCACCCGGAUGGAGAGCAUCUCGUCAGCGGGGGUCUAGAUCAACUAUGCCAUAUAUGGGACAUGUCGAAGAAGGCCGACAGGAAUCAGAAACCCCGAUAUACUUUUGCAACGCCUGCUCCGGUUUCGAGAGUAUCUUGGCGGCCGGCAUACUGGUCUGCUACGGCACAAGGCAAAAGAGCAGCCCAAAUUGCGGUGGCCUAUGAUGAUGCCAAUCCGGCCAAGAACCAGACGUCGAAUGUGCACAUUUGGGAUCUUGCGAGGCCGGCUAUGCCGUUCAAAGAAAUUGAACAGUGGACUAGUGCGCCGUCAGGCUUAAUUUGGAACUCGAGAGAUCUUCUGUGGAGUGUCGACAGGGAGGGCCACUUUACACAAACCGAUGUAGCUUUCGUGACAAAGCUCAUAGAUCGCAGGAGUCUAUCAAGCUUCUCCAUUUCACCUACCGGGCAUAGUCUUCUGCUGCUGGAAGAACGACUAUCCCCGCGGCGGGCUCGGCCAUCUAUCACGUCGCCAGAAGUAUCACCAAACUUUCAACAUGAUGGAAGUGGACCUAUUUUGAGUGUCAGCAGGAGUGAUUCUGAAGAGGAUGUUGUUGGUAGUUUCUUGGGCCCAAGGCUGCGGAAAGGUCAUCGAAGGCGCAAUAGUGGACGAUCAGGUCAAGCACUGAGCACAACACCUCCUAGCAGUACCGGGAUGACAGAAAAUAAGAUCAUGUCUCUGAGUGAUGCCGUGGAAGUGACUGGGAUCUACAAGCCUCAGCAGGUUUCGGCUCUUGGGCAUGCACCAUCAACUGCGAAGCGAGUCACAUACAAAUACUUCACAAAUCGGUAUCUGUUUCCGCUUGCUAAUAUGUCCGAUGAUCGGUUACUGAAUGUCCGGACGACUUCGAUCACGGAAGCAUACGCUAGGGCUGCUGAAGACAUUGGCCAUUUCCGUCUAGCCCAAACCUGGAGACUUCUGGGCUAUACAAUGAGUCUGCUGCUCGUACGGCGCGCCGAGCACCAUCGUCAGGCACGACUAACCGUUCAGAAGCCUGAAUCAAAGGAAGGGCACCGGGAAAAUCCUUCUUCCGCCUUGCCAACUCCUUCUCAAACACUACGAGGGGAAGAAACGCCUCGAAAGCUACCUCGAGCACAAACUCCUGUUGAUAGUCCGGCAUAUCGAGGUACAAUAUCGAUGAUUGCUGAAGAAUUGGAGAGUACCUCGAAUGUUGCAACUCCGCUUGUUCGCCCCGUCCGCGAUUCCAUAGCUAAUGAAACGCGGGAGGCUAUGCAUACUCCUAUGAUCGACGAGGAAGACGAUCUCAAACUGCCUGAUGCCGUUUAUCCUUCUACUCCAAGCCCAAUACCUGUCCCUGGAGCUAGGCAGCCACCUGAAAAUUCGGCGCCGAGUGUUGAAGGUUACGACUUCUAUGGCAUAGAGUCUUUCGCGCCUCCAUUGGAAUUUGGCGCUCCUCCAAGAAAACCUCCCCUGAGAUUGGAUUAUCCGCAGCCCAGUCACCCGCCUCGAAUCCAACCACAGCGCCAUGAUUCUGGAGAAAGUUUCCAGAUGUUUUCAACGUCGGGAGAUUCUGGGCAUGGCCAAUGGAUGAGCUCCUCUGGUAGUGAAGGCCAGAGUGCCAUCAAAGAGCACGGUCGCUCUUUGCGAGAUAGAGUAAAUAGCUGGGAGAAGAAUCUCUUGGCAAGCUCGAAGCAUCGAUCAAGCAUUGACUCCGAUGCUCCCACACGAUCCGAGAUUUCGGACGGACAUUUCACUCCCCAUUCAAAUGGAUCUUACGAAACACCCUCCAAAAUCCCAACCAGAACAACAACACGCAGUCCCUCCAUAUCUGAAAUGACAUCUGAAGACCCAAACCUAAUCAACUCCGAUUUCCUCCCUUGGCCAAAUGACCCCCCUUUCCUAAUUGCGCCAAUGGACCCCACUCCCCUGAUCCAGCGGACCUUGAAUUUCGAGUCUCAAACCUCGGCCCUCAACGCCGCAGUCAUGGUUCUGCUCCUCCGACCCCUCCUCCCCUCCUCCGCAAUUGACGAAUUCCAAGCCGGCGCAAUAAUAAGACAAUACCAUCAACGUCUCACAAACCUCAAACUUUUCACCGAAGCGGCGCUGCUGCGUAAUCUGUGCAUUCCUAAUUAUCCCACAGUGUUCGCAACAGCACAAGAAGAUAUCAAGAUCGGCUUCUUCUGCACGGAUUGCCACAAACCGCUUGAAAACGACCCUCUGGUCCCAGGCUCGGAGUGGAAAUGUCCACGCUGCAAGAACGAGAUGGCUCCCUGCGUCGUCUGCCUGAACCGCGAGCUCGAACCUGAUGUAGAAUUUGAGAAAGCAGAUGUUGGGUUUCAGUCAGGCGUUUGGUGGCUAUGUCCCGGCUGUGGGCACGGCGGCCAUAGUUCUUGCAUGCAGGCCUGGCAUUCGGGGCUUGAGUUUGGGGAGGGAGAGAAGUAUAGUGGGGGAUGUUGCCCGUUGGAGGGCUGCUUGCAUCCUUGUUUGCCUGGAUGGUGGAGAGAGAAGAGGGCGGAGGAGAAGAAAGUUGCGCGGGCGAAGGAACUGGACUUGUUGGUUAGGGAGAAUAGCAGGCAGGGGAGUGGGAGGGGUCCGGUUGUAGGUGGCAGGGGGCAGGGAUUGGUGAGGAGGGAUAAUAGGGAGGUUAAUCAGAGUAAGGCUGUCGAGGGUGCGAGGGUUACUUUGAGUGCUGGGAAUUUGUCGGGUGGGAGUGGGAGUGCGGGGACGGGACCGGAGAGGAAGAAGAGUGUCAAACUUGUUGCCCCGGGCGAGGAAGGGUUGGGUGAUCAUGGGUUGUAG